AUGGCAACAACGACGCUGAGUGGCACGAGUGUACUCGCCAAAAUAGUGGAACGAAUGCGGAAUGCCUUGCUUGUGGAAAUGACGAACGGUUUGUUAAUAACAGCCAAAAUAAAUGGAGAAUGCUUUGAGAUUGGAUUCUCAACUAGCGAAUCAGCUGUUUUAAGUCGAAAUGCAUUAAAAGAUGAAUGGGAUAUUUUAAAAGCAGAAAUUGACAGUUUAGAGCAGAAGCAGAAACCAAGCAGCGGCGACGCCAGUAACCAUUUCAAAAUGUCAGAUUCAGAGAACGAUUUUAACGAGAUAAAUAAAGACAACGAAGAUAACUACAGUCUAGUGAGUUCAGCCGAAGGGAGAUUGAAAGACGACGUUAAUGAAGGUGAACAAAAAUUAUUUUACACAAUAUUCUCUUCUGAUCCUGUAAAAACGAAAACGAUAAAUUAUAACGAUGGUACGAAAGUUGUCGUCGACGACAAAAAUAAAAUAAUGAAUUUUCCUUUGGUAAGUGUGUCACCAAUUGCAGGUGAAAGCGGUUCCGGACGAAGCAGGGAUCAGAAGACAGUUUCAAACAACGAAAUGAAGAAAACGGUUUCGAACGAGAAUAAAAGGUCAUUUGUUUCCAAUAAUAUGAAUCGAGUGUGGACUAACGAAACAACGAAGUACGAGCGUUUUAAUAUGCAAGACCUUUAUGCCAAAUACGACGAGAAAUUUAAUAAGCAGUUACACACUAUGGAACAAAUGAUGACAGCCACGAUGACCAUGCAAACAACAAUGCAAGAAAGUCUAAAAUUGUGGUUUAAACAGCGCGAGAUGGAUGAGAAUAAAGCUAAGAGAGCAAAAAUUUCUUCAGAUGUAAUGCUUUCCUCUGAUCAAAAAUUACCGUUAACGACAGUUCAUAAAACUUUAGCGACUUUACCCGAACAAAUUACGACUGUUAAUUUAUCUGCCUCUUCUUAUCGAGAACAAAACGAACCACAAUUUAUCGCAAAUCGUGUAAAAGAAGCGUUAAAAAUUGAAUUAAUUGGAAAAGAGAAUCACACGAAGCAUGAUUAUAAAUUAGAGCCCCGAGUUAAAUAUGAUCAUUUUCUUAAAUUUCUAACCUCCGAACUCCGAACAAUAGACUUGUUGUACGUUAUUGAUAAAUCUAUCCAUGCUCCGGAAGGCAUUAAUGAUAAUUUAAAAGAGAAACACAGAUUUAAACUCCGCGACAUUUUAAUUAAUAGAAUCGACAAAACCUAUCAUAAUAGAAUCCUCCAAAUUAAAGAUCCGAUCGAAAUGCUUGAAAAAAUCAAAGAAAUAAAACGAUGUAAAGUCAAUGUAACGAGCGUAAGUAUCCGAAAACAAUUAUAUGCUAUCCAAUAUAACACAAACCGUGAAACCGCGAAUAAUUUCUUGGAUAGAUUCGAAGAAAUUGUACACAAUUACGAAACCAUUUCAGGGUCAGCUCCUCUUGCUGAUGACGAAAAGCAAGAUGCGCUUUAUAACGCUAUAAUGAACCAAUUGCCAGAAGUCCAAUACGUUGAAUUUAUCACGAAAAACCAAACUGGUAAAGGUCUAACUUACGAUCUUCUAAAAUCCUUUAUUAUGCAAGCAGAAGCUAAUCGUCUACAAUCAGCAACAGGAAAUCACCCUGGAUCUAAACACAUCCCAAUUGCAUCCGCUUCCUUCACUAAUUCGAAUAAGAGGUCAAAUGAAAUUUGUUUUGAGUGUGCAGACAGUGGGCAUAUGAAGAACGAAUGUCCGCGUAAAGGUCAAGGACUAAGAAAAUGUUAUGAAUGUGAACAAUUUACGACUCAUAUUGCCGCCGAAUGUCCACAAAGAAUAGAUAAAGAGAGGAAAGGUUAUAAUAAAAACAGUAGAGAAAAGCAUUACAAAAAUAAUAAUAAUUACGAAAAUCGAUUUCACGCGAGCAAUAAACGAUCAUUUAAUACUAAAGACUCUCGAAAUAAAUCAAGCUUCAAUUCGAAACCAUCUCGUGAUGGAAAACCGAAACAAUUUAAGAGAAACGACAAUAAUCCGCAAAGAGAAAAUAAGUCACGACAAAAUCGGUCUCGUGCAGGAAAUAACGAAAGUUCGAAGGUUCGUCAGACUGAGAAAGGUAAGUACAAAAAUUCUGUUUCUAGUAAGAUAAAAUCAAAUCCUGAAAUUCAAAAUCGGAAACACUUGUCGGCAUGUUUUUUACAAAAUUCGAAACUUAAAGAUGUUAAUAUUAACGAAUAUAAUAAAAACUACGUAUCUUUUAUUGUCGAUUCAGGAGUAACUGAACACUUGACGAAUUCUAAAGACGUUUUCAGUUCUCUUGAAGAGACAAAAUCAAGUAUAAUUAAGUGUGCAAACAAAAAUAACGAAGCUGAUUUGGUUGCUGAGGGUCGAGGCACAAUAAAUGUUGUUUCAAACUCAGACAACAAGAAAUCGCUGGUAUUAAACAACACUAUUUAUACAGAUUUUCUCUCUGAAAAUUUACUUUCGCUAAGAAAAUUCGCCGAUGCUGGUCUGUCAACACAUCUGGAUAACGAGUGUAUUAAAAUUUAUGAUCCAAAAACGAAAGAAGUGUUUGCUUCAGGAAAUUAUAACAAACCUUAUUGGACUAUGGAAUUUCAGGUAGAUAAGAAAAAUGAAAGUAAACGAGUAGAACCUUCAAAGGUAUUUCUUUUUGAUACAAGUGUAGUUGAUCAAAGCAAAACAAAAAUUGAUGAUAAGAGUACGACUGAACUAAAUGAAACGAUGGUUAAUAACGAUAAUAAAAACGAUUUAUUUUUAAUUGACGAAAGUAACAAAACGAAUAAUGAGACAGACGACAAAUUAGAGUCUUUUAAAUUAAAUUUAAAUUCCCCUGUCGAUAAUGAGUGUAAAAAGACUGAAAAAGAAACUGUUACGAGUGAUCGCUAUGUUUUUACAGAUUUCGAUACACAUUUGACAAGCAGAAAAAUAACAAAUUUGGAUGAACUUCCAUCCAUAGACUUGUUAGAAGACGAUUUUAUUUCUAAUAAAACAUUUACCGAUUCUGUAAAAGCAAAUAAAGCUAUGCUUUGGCACGUAAGAAUGGGCCAUGCAUCUGUCGAUUAUUUGCGUAAACUGCAAAGCUUGUGGAAAGAAAAUAAAGAUAUACAAGGUGUAGUUUUUGACGAAAGUAUCAGAGAAUGCGAAAUUUGUGCACUAACAAAAUUAGCAAAAUUACCGUUUCGAACUCAACGAAGCAGAGCAGUAAGACCGCUGCAAAUAAUACACUCUGAUGUCAUGGGUAAGAUUUCUCCAUCUACCCACCCUUUUGGCUAUCAGUACAUUUCUGUAUUUAUAGACGAUUAUUCAAGAAUGGCUCUAGCGUAUCCUAUGAAAACAAAGGAUGCUACAGGUCAUUGCUUAGAACGUUUCAUUAUGUCUGCGCGAAACUUGUUAGGAACAAAUGAGAAAAUUUGCUACUUACGUACGGAUCAAGGUACUGAGUAUAUGGGAGGCUAUACCCAAGAGGUAUUAAUUCGCGAAGGAAUUGAAAAUCAACCUGCCUGUCCAGAUACUCCUCAACACAACGGAACUUCUGAAAGGUUUAAUCAAACAAUUCAAAAGAAAAUAAUAUCCAUUAUGUUCGAUUCUAAACUUCCUCAAACGAUGUGGGAUCUAGCUCUAGGAGCAGCUGUAUAUGUUUAUAAUCGGACUCCUCAUCGGUCAAACGAUUUCCAGGCACCUCUUGAGAUUUUUGCACCAAACUUACGAUAUGAUAUAAAUCAGAUUAAACGAUUUGGGUGUUUGGCGUAUUGGACGAUUCAAAGAAAACCAGACUCGAAAUUUUCUGCAAGGGCAAUAAGAGGAGUAUUGGUUGGAUACACCAGCUCUGGAUACAUUUUUCUAAAUCCUGAAUCAGAAUUUUACGAGUUUCCUUCUUUAGAAGAAGAAUUUCUGAGCAUGAAAGACAAUGCAAGUGACGAAACUUUGUUCUACUUACAUGCAAAAAUAAACAAUGAUCCUCUAACGUUUAAACAAGCUUUAGAGUCGAAACACAAAAACGAAUGGCUUCAAGCAAUAGACGAAGAGUUAAAUUCUUUGAACAAGAAUGAUGUUUGGACUCUGAUAGAUCGACCUAAACUUGGCAAAAAUGGCAAGAAACCCAAUAUAAUUGAUUCAAAGUGGGUAUUUAAACAAAAAGAGGACGGCAGCAGUGUCACCAAAUUCAAAGCAAGAUUAGUCAUACGAGGGUUCAAGGAUACAAAUUUGUAUGACUUAAAAGAAACGUAUGCUCCCGUUUCCAGACUAACUCUUGUUCGAUCUCUCGAUGUAAAGACUGAUUUCCUUAACGGAAUAAUUGAAGACGAAGUUUACAUGGAAAUUCCUGAAGGAAUGGAAGUGUCAGACAAAACACGACGGACAAAAGUGUGUAAGAUUCUCAGAGCUCUUUAUGGACUGAGGAUUAGUCCUAAGCGAUGGAAUGAAAAAUUCACCGAAGUCGCGAAUUCUAUGGGACUGACAAAUGAUCAAUAUGAUCCUUGUCUGUUCACAUACAAUUUUGGUGAAACAAAGGUUGUCAUGCUAAUUUAUGUCGAUGACAUAUUAUUGGCAAGCAACAAUAAAAAAUUGCUGAAUAAGAUGAAAGUUAAAUUGAUGAAAGCCUUUGAAAUGACUGAUCUGGGAGAACCAAAAUGUUUCUUAGGUAUGAAUAUACAAAGAAACAGAGAAACAAGAGUGAUGAUGAUUAAUCAGGAAAAAUUCAUUGACAAAAUUCUGAUUAAAUUUGGCUUUGAAAACGAAUUUCCACAAAACACUCCCAUGAUCACACGUCAAGUGGCAAAUCACGAAAGACGAAAACGAGAAAACGAUAAUGAAGACAUUGACGAAAUCACAUUAAAUAUUCCAUACAGAGAGGCUGUUGGUAGUUUAUUGUAUUUAGCUGGUGCUACUCGUCCAGACAUUGCUUUUGCUGUGAACGUACUCAGUAGACAUCAAAUCGACCCAACAGAAAACGAAUGGAAUAUGGUCAAACGAGUAUUUAAAUACUUAAAAGGAACGAAAACUCUCGGAUUAAAUUAUCUCGGGAAACAAAAUGGUCUGUUAGCGUAUUCGGAUGCCAGUUUCGCUGACUGCAAAUCGUCUGUUUCCACUUGUGGUUAUAUUAUAAAACUUUAUGGAGACACAAUUUCGUGGCGAGUAACAAAGCAAAAAUAUGUUGCUUUAUCUACUUGCCAGGCCGAAUACGUAGCAAUGAGUCAGACUUGUCAGGAACUUAUUGCAAUCAAUAAGUCUCUUAUACGAUUGAAUAACGAAAGUUUACUUCCAGCUACUUUACGAUGUGACAACAAAGCAGCAGCGAUCUGUGCUCAAACAAGUGGAGGUAACAGAUUAAGGCAUAUGACAGAAGUUCAUAUGGAUUAUGUCCAAGAAUGUGUCAAAUAUAAUCGAGUGAUUAUUGAGUGGGUUCCUUCCAAAAAGCAAAUAGCUGAUAUUAUGACGAAACCUCUGAGUUAUGAAUUGCACACUAUCCUAAGAGACAAGAUGUUGAAUAACGAUGAUUCUUGA